AAAAGGAAGCAUUCAGAUUGCGGGAAUCGAAGGGUUGGUACUGGCGCCGAGUUUUGGAGGUAAAAAGUGACAAACAAUUUCCAAUAUGCCUCGUUACAAAGAUGACCAGCCGGCGGUUAGAGUCUACACAGUCUGCGACGAAUCCAGAUAUUUGAUUGUGAGGAACGUUCCCGCGUUGGGAUGUGGCGAUGAUUUGUUGAAACUCUUUGCUAAUUACGGAGACGUUGAAGAAUGUAAACCAAUGGAUGCAGAAGAUUGUGAGCAGUUUACCGAUGUUUAUUGGAUCAAAUUUCGACUCAUCAGCAAUGCCAGGUUUGCGAAGAGAAAAUUGGACGAGUUUGUCUUCUUGGGGAACCAUUUGCAGGUCUCAUAUGCUCCUGAAUUUGAGAGCCUUGAUGACACGAAGGAUAAGUUAGAAGGCAGAAGAAAAGAAAUCCUCGCAAGAUUGAAUCCUCAAAGAUCUAAGGGGCAACCAGUUCAUCCCCUGCUCCCUUCCAAUGAAGCUCCAUCACUUUCGGCUUCAUCUCAUCAUAUUCCUAAUCAGAUAAAUUCUAGGUUGAGGAAUUUUGGAGAUUCAGAGUACGAGUCUCACAGUAAGAAUGCUCCUAUAACAAGAGUUUCAUCUGACCAGGAGUACUUCCCCUCCCAGUCAAUGAAUCAGACAGUUAAAACGGUCAGGGAGAAACUCAAUAAGAUUCAAUCAAACACCGAGCAUUUGCAAGCUGGACCUACUCCCAAAAAACCACGAGUGGACAAUAGAAGAAGAAUCUGAUCAUACUUACUUUUGGGCCGAGUAUG